UUAAAUUAAUUAGAGAAAAAUUACAUUACUUUUUACUCUUUAAAUUAUCAUUACGAUUCAAAACUGCUAUUUUGAUUACUUUUUUAAUUUUAAUAUUGUUAGAGGGAGUGGAGAGACCUCUCGAGUGGCCAAGUGUCAAAUGUGACAUAACCCCCAUAACCCCAAAAAAAUCGCUAUGCGGAAGCUUUUUUGGAAAACGCUGGGUUCGGUGGGCUUUGUAAUUCAAUAUGCCUGUGUGGCACACUGCACUUUCGAAUAUCUAGGCGAUUUUGUUCUGUGUUCAGGGCCUUCAAUGGAGCCAACGAUUUACUCCGAUGAUAUUUUACUAACUGAACACGUCAGUGCUAGGCUGAAUCGAAUAGAUAGAGGAAAUAUUGUCAUAGCUAAAUGUCCUUCCAACCCUAAGCAAAAUAUCUGUAAGAGAGUGGUUGGUUUACCGGGGGAUAAAAUUAGGCUUGGUUUUAAUAAUUACGAAAUCGUGCCUAGAGGUCACGUGUGGUUGGAGGGCGAUAAUUCGGGUAAUUCUUCCGAUUCUAGGAACUAUGGGCCAGUGCCCCAAGGGCUCAUCCGCAGUAGGGCCCUGUGUCGAGUCUGGCCCUUGAAGGACAUUAAAUUGUUAACCAACUAAUUAACCGGACUUUUUAUCCCAAUAGCCAAUAAUGAUAAUAGAAAACUGUGAUUUGUUGAUUUGUAAAUUUUAUAAAUAUAAAUUAACAAAAA